CAUGACGCUGGGCUGUUGUGGGCAACACUCCUCUCGCUUCCUCAUGCAACUGCGACCCUAAGCAGCGCACCGUUUUAACGGUUGCUUCCUUCUUUUAUACGACCGAAAAAGGACUGUUUAACGGGAGAUUUCGACGAUGAGUAGCUUUAUGAAUAUGGCGUGUAUUGGAGACUUUGACCCGUUCACCGCUGCCAUUCCCGCCACCAAAGUUGAGCUCACUGUGUCGUGUCGAAAUCUCCUGGACAGAGACACAUUCUCCAAAUCAGACCCAAUUUGUGUGCUGUACACUCAAGGAAUCUCCAACAGGGAAUGGAGAGAGUUUAGUCGGACAGAGGUGAUAGACAACACACUGAAUCCAGACUUUGUCCGUAAAUUCCUCCUGGACUACUUCUUUGAGGAGAGGCAGAAUCUCCGCUUUGACCUGUACGACCUCGACUCGAAAAGUGACAACCUGUCUAAACAUGACUUCCUGGGCCAGGCGUUCUGUACCCUGGGGGAGGUGGUAGGCUCCAUGGGAAGCCGCAUGGAGAAACCUCUCAUUGGGAUUCCAGGGAAGAAGUGUGGAACUAUCAUAGUGAGAGCAGAGGAGCUGAGCAAUUGCAGGGAGUCAGUGAUGCUGCAGUUCUGUGGGAACAAGUUGGACAAGAAAGACUUCUUUGGGAAGUCUGAUCCUUUUCUGGUCUUCUACCGCAGUAAUGAGGACGGAUCGUUUACUAUCUGCCAUAAGACAGAGGUUGUAAAGAACACUCUGGACCCAGUGUGGCAGGCCUUCAAGAUCCCUGUCAAGGCCCUGUGCAACGGCGAUUAUGAUAGGAGCAUAAAGGUGGAGGUGUAUGAUUGGGACAGAGAUGGAGGGCAUGACUUCAUUGGGGAGUUCAGCACCAGAUACAGGGAGAUGUCAAGAGGCCAGUCACAGUUCCACACCUAUGAGGUGGUAAAUCAGAAGAAGAGAGACAAGAAGAAGAAGAGAUACCUCAACUCAGGAACAGUAACCCUGCUGUCCUGCCUGGUGGACAUGGAGCUCACCUUCCUGGACUACAUCAAAGGGGGGACUCAGAUUAAUUUCACGGUGGCAAUUGAUUUCACAGCAUCAAAUGGCAACCCGUCUCAGCCCACCUCCCUCCACUACAUGAGUCCGUACCAGUUGAAUGCCUACGCCAUGGCUCUCAGGGCCGUGGGGGAGAUCAUCCAGGACUACGACAGUGACAAGAUGUUCCCUGCUCUGGGCUUCGGAGCCAAGCUGCCCCCGGACGGACGCGUCUCGCACGAGUUCGCUCUGAACGGGAACCCUCAGAACCCAUACUGCAGUGGGAUUGAGGGAGUGAUGGAGGCUUACUACCAGAGCCUCAAGUCUGUCCGCCUCUACGGACCCACACACUUCUCCCCUGUUAUCAACCACGUGGCCAGGUAUGCACAAUCAGUGAAAGACGGCUCCCAGUACUUCAUCCUCCUUAUCAUCUCGGACGGCGUCAUCACCGACAUGGCUCAGACCAAAGAGUCUAUCGUAAAUGCGGCUACUCUGCCCAUGUCAAUUAUAAUUGUCGGGGUUGGACCGGCGGAAUUUAAUGAAAUGAUUGAGCUUGAUGGAGACGAAGAGAGGAUUUCAUCUCAAGGGAGGUUCGCAGAGAGAGAUAUUGUUCAGUUUGUUCCGUUCCGUGACUACAUCGACCGCAGGGGGAACCACAUUCUCAGUAUGGCCCGUUUGGCCAAAGAGGUCCUGGCUGAGAUCCCUGACCAGUUCCUCUCCUACAUGAGGACCAGGGGCAUCAAACCAGGCCCCUGUCCCCCUGCCUACACCCCCACCCCUGCCUUGCACCCCCUCUUCACCCGACGGGUCAGCCGAAUCUGAAGGGUAAGACGCCCCCCCCGACCUCGUCCUCUUUUGCUUCUUCUUCUUCCUCACUGGAGUCGUUUCCACGCUCAUGUUGCACCUUUGUGGACUCUGGGAUUCCAUCAUCCAUGGCAUUGGUCAGCCCUUUCUGUGGAGAGGACAGACCGCCAUCAUCCCUCAUGAAGGACUUCUUCUGAGAGGUCAGAAGUUAGAGGUCAGAGGACGCAGUUUACUGGUCUGACCCAGGAGGUGGGUGAGUCACUGUAAUUGACGAGCCAGGAGCAGCAUCCAAUCUGUGGAGAACCUUUCAGAAGCGCAUUUCUGAUCUGUUAUUUCUACGUCCUGCUCUUCCUCUCAACUUCACUUCUCUUUCACCAACAGUCUCUUUCUAAAUGUUUACAAAAGUUGAGGAUGACGAGGAGGAUUCAUACUCGUGGACACAUUUUUAUUUCUCUCUGAUUUGUACUCCAGAUGCUCUCUGGCUCUCCUUUUUUUAGCCACAGAGACUGGUGGUAGCGAUGAUGAAGAGGACGAAGAUGAUGAUGAUGCUGAUGAUGCUGAUGAUGACAAGCCCAGGAGCCACAUCCCAUGUGUGGUGUUUAUUUCUUUUUUUACGGAGCAUGUUGUAGUCCUAGUAGAGAAGCAUGCAGUUAAAGUCCUGCACUCAGGGCCUCCUAGCUGAUCAUUUAUUUUCCAACUACCACCUUUGAAGACAGUACCUUCACCACCUAUAAUCUUCCCACUAUAUUACGCUCUGUUGUCCGCCUACCUUGACUCAAAGGGGACUUCCUUCAGAGUCUGGUCCUAUCAAAUACAGCAGGGACUAAACCAGCCUUAUUCUCUUUGUGUCCCAAAUGGCACCCUAUUCCCUACAUAGUGCACUACUUUUGAGAGCCCCGGUCAAGCGUAGUGCACUAUAUAAAGAGUAGGGUGCCUCUUGGGAUGCAGAAUCUAUCCAUUGGGUACAUUCACAGUCGCCAUGCUCACAAUAAUUCUGGAAUAGUGGAAUCUCCAUCCAUGCAUGGGAGUUAAAAACAUACUUACCAGUUAGUUACACCACCACUUCCAUGUGUGUCCUCUGACUCUGGAGUUCAGUGAGAAAAUGUUGUUUUGUAUUUUCAGGAGCAUUCUCUCUUUAGUUUCUACCUCUUGCUUCACAUCAUGUCACUAAACCUUGUGGAUGGAUGGAUGUGUGUUUUGGAAAGGCAGGAUGUUAAGCAGUAAUAUUUCAGUUUACCUUUUGGUUCACAACGCCGCCUUUGUCUCUCACUGAGUGAAAACAUUUUACAGUUACGUUGAACAUUUUACUAGCCUACACUACCGGUCAAAAGUUUUAGAACAUCUACUCAUU